AUGACAAUGGAGUCACCGACAACAUCCCCGCACUUGGUCGUGUCAGAGUUUGAAGGGGCAAUACCGAAGAACGAAGAUUCAUUCUCUUACUUCAUGCUCGUGGCCUCCGAAGCAUCUUGUAUAAUUCGUUUCACCAUCCUGUUGUUUCUUUGGCCCGUCAUUGCACUCCUUGAUGUUUUUGGCUACAAAAACGCCUCUCUCAAGCUCAUGAUCUUUAUAGCAACGGCUGGUGUCCACGAGUCGGAGAUCGAGCUGGUAGAGCCGUUCUGCCAAAGUUCUACAUGGAUGACUUGA